AUAUUCAUUGGCUUGUUCACAGUCUCCAGCACCAUUUCGAGUUAAACUUCGAUGCUCUAAAGUAUACUAUCUCGAUAUAUGAUAGCCGGUCAUAUACAGCCACUCUCCAAUAGCUCGAAUUAAUAAAACGAAAAGAGAAAAGAACGAGUUUAACAGAAAUACGACUUUUGGCAAUGGUGCCAUGAGUGCUGCUUCCUGGUCGACGGGGCAGUAUAGUGCGUCUGUUCGGAUUGUGAACGCCUUCAAUUUAUUUCGAGUCUCUUGCAACAAUGAGCAUCCUAGGCUUGGCGCGGAGGGCGGCCGGGGCGGAGAGAGGUGUGUGUCUCCGGCUGCUGGCGAGGGCGACGUCGACCUCCGCCUCGGGACGCCAGACUCACGCCGUCGCCGCCGCCGCCGCGGUCGAAGGCGUGAGAGUGAGGCCGCGUCCCUUGUCCGAAGUCCCCGGCCCGCCCAUCUUCCCCGUGAUGGGCUCCGUUCCGUUCAUGAUGAUGUACAGAGAGUUCUACGAGGAUAAGCUCCACCAGAUUUUCUUCAAGAUGAUAGACCAAUACGGCCCGAUUGUCCGCUUCAAGAUGCCAAACUGGGCCCCUGGCGUGCUCGUGUCCCGGCCGGAGGACAAGGAGACCGUUCUCAGAGCCACGAAGGACAACCCCAUCAGGAAUGCGCUCACGUCCCUCAAGAAGAUCAGAGACGAGACGGACGACAAUUUCUUCGAUAAGAACGGAGGUCUUCUGACUGAGCAGGGAGAGAAGUGGCGGCGGGUGCGCAGGGGCGUCCAAACACCAAUGAUGAAACCCAAGAACGUCGAUGCUUACAUGCCGGAGGUCGACGCUGUUACGCUGCUGUUUAUGGAUAGGAUAGCAACGCUCCAGCAAGAAUUUGGUGAAAUGCCUCACAACUUCCUCCAAGAGAUAUACAAAUGGGCGUUCGAGGCUGUGUGCGUGGUGGCGCUGAACCGGCGCAUGGGCUGCCUGGACCCGAACCUCAGCGCUGACUCGGAGGCCGUGAGGGUCAUCCGAACCGUCGGCGACCUCUUCAAGACCCUUCACGAGGCUGAGUUCACGGGCCCGCUCUGGAAGAUGUACCCGACGCCCACUUUUAAGAAGUUGAAGCGCAUGCACCAAGAGCUCCUCGAGAUGGCCCUGACCAACAUCAGGGCCACUGAAGCCGCCCUGAAGGAGGAACUGGAGAAGCCCGGUGCGGAGGACAGGGACCUUACCCUGAUUGAACAGCUGUUGCUCAGGCCCGAACUCAGCUACAAGGACGUCAUCACCUUGAUUUUGGAUAUGAUUUUCGCCGGUAUUGACACGAUCUCUCACUUCAUUAGCUUCACCCUCUACCUCUUGGCGAAGAAUCCUGAAGCCCAAAGGAGGCUUCAGGAGGAGGUGGACCGGGUACUGAAGGACAAUCCUGAAACCCUCACUCCAUCCCACAUCUCGAAAUUACCGUACCUGAAGGCCGUGACGAAGGAGAGUUUCAGGAUAUUUCCUGUGGCAAUUGCUGUCUUGAGGGAGCUUAACACUGACUUGGUGUUAUCAGGAUACCAUAUUCCAAGAGGCCACAUAGUCCUGAUGAUGAACUACGAGGACGCCGAGAAGGAAACAGCUUUCCCGCGGCCUCGCGAGUUCCUGCCGGAGCGCUGGCUUCGGGGGAGCAAGCUGGCCGCGUCCCACGCCUUCGCGCUCCUGCCCUUUGGCGUCGGGACCCGGAUGUGCGUCGGCCGGCGCCUCGCGGAGCAGGAGAUGUACGUCUUCCUGGCGAGGGUGAUGCAGAGUUUAUAAUGUGAAUUACAACUACGGUGAUAUGGACAGCAAGAUGCAGCUUUCCUUGAAGCCCACUCAGCCCCUGAGGUUUUUCAUUCACGGAGCGACGCCCAAAGGAGGG